GAAUGACCAAGUCUAUGGUGUGUGAAGGCCUUAUAAAGCUUCCCUUCCAUUUGGGAAGAAACAGGCCUGCCUGCUAGAGGAACUGAGUAUUCAGAAUCUAAAGGAGGAGAGAGAAAAGAGCCAGAGAGACACUGGAAAAGGAGAACGAAGCACUCAAAUCAAGACAAAAGUCGUAGCCUGAGAAGAAAAGGGAGUAGAACCUGCAGGUGCCAUGAAAGGCGUCGUUUUCCCAGUAACUGUUAUGCUUCUGAUACUGGUGCCCAGCUCCCAGCCUGUCUAUGUCCAGGAGGGGGAAUUCUCGUUCCCGCUAGAGGCUGUGAAGAAGCUGAAGGAACUCUUGGCUGUGAACACCACAGCCAGUCCCCGUAUGAUGGCUAGGACAAAUUUCAUUUCUGUGUGUGCAAACCCGGAGCUGCCCGAAGAAUUUCAGCCCGUAUGUCAAAGGGAAGAUGCACCCGCCAUUUUUAACAGGCUGAACAUGGCUGUCCAAGACAUGGAUAUAUGCGAAAUCUGCGCCAAUGCAGCCUGCGCUGGUUGUCGCUGAGGAAGGAUGAAACCACAUAUAGGGGGCCAGCCAAGCCCUGCAAUCUCUGCAUUUAUCCUGCAGCAUCAUUUGCACUGGCAAAGCUAUUCUCUUUUAGGCCAGGUCUCCACUACCACCCACUUUGGUAUGACUUAUGUGGCUCUGGGGUGUGAAUAAGCCACCCCCUGAGCAACGUGAGUUACACUGACCUAAGCGGUGGGAGAGCUUCUCCCGCCGACACAGCGACUGCCUCUUGCAGAGGUGGAUUUAUUAUGCCGAUGGGAGAGCUGUUCACCAGAUGUGGUGCAGCUGUGCCAAUGUAGUGCGUCUAGCGUAGAUUAGCCCUGAGAAACACAAACAAGAUCCCCUCCCAACACCCACGCCAGGGUCACGGCUUCACUUUCCUCAAAGCUUUGUUAGGAUGGGUGGGAGGCUUGGGGAAUCAUAUCAUCUCCUGUAAAAACCUUGUGAGGUCUAACUCCGCGUGUGAUUGUCUUCACCUGCACUCGUGGGGUUAAAGACAGGAUUGGUUCAGUGUCCAUUUAGUUGUCUUAAUGUUGCUGAUCAGCCUGAACCAACCACCUGCCCUGCCGCCCUCUACAACCCUCCCCCAAUAUUUUCCCCCGCCCCCCAAGAAUUUUUCCCAGGAGGACCCUGUGACCUGACCCCAGCAAUGAUAAAUUCCUUAGCAUAGGUGCUGAGCUGCAGAACACUGAUGAUCUACCACCGGCAAGGGGGCUUUCCCCUCCUGCCCAGGGCAGCAUCAGCAAUUUCUUUCUCUGCUUGGCAAUGCUUGGCCCCCGAGCUUAGAAGCAAGCCACUCUCAUUGUUCCUGGAUUUGGGCUAUGGGAAUCCAGGGUUCCAGGACAUUUCCCUUUCUUUGUGGUAUCUGUUUUUCUAUUGAUGCAAGAGGCUACUCAAGGGAGACCUUUCUAUAGCCUGGUGGGGUUCUGGCAAGUUGAUGGUUAGUUGCUAGGCUCCUCACACCGCUCCUAUCUUUUCUUUACUGCUUAAGUUAUGUACGUGUAGUAAAGGAUUUCUGCAUGAGAUUGUGCUGGCUGUGUGCACAUGUCUUCCUGGGUGUUACAUGUAUGUGCACCCCUAUGAUGUGGAUGUGUUUAUAAUAAAGCUAUAUAAUUUCAUCUAGGGAUAGAUUUUCUGCCAUUUGAGAUCUGUGAGCCUUAGACUGCUUUUUUUUCGUUUGAGUUUGCUGCUCGUCUGCUGCACCUUCACUGACUUCUUAGUAACAACACUGUAGUGAUAACUUGUGCAUUUACCUCUCAAUACUGCAACAAGCAGGUACACUUUAAUAUUUCACACAAUCCGGGUCUUGUGGUGUAAUUGCAGUUGAAAUAUACAUGAGGAAAACGCAAUUUUUCUACAUUUACAGAGUACAAUACACAUCCUUGUCAGUUGUCACCCGGUUUGGUUUUUAUCACCGUAAUUUUUAAUCUCAAUAGUUUUGAGAUAAGCAGCUCCCGUGCAUUGUUAUGCUGUUCUUCUGCAUAUAUUAAUAGGUGCAUUUUUUAAUUGUAAAACAAAUCACUGUAUUUUGUUCAGGUUUGCGUGGCUAAAAAUAAAGUCUUGUUCACUUACCA